CCGCUGGGUCAGAUGCUUCGCCUCUUAGUCAUCACAGUCUCCCUCCUCCCUCCUGUUAGUCUUUCUCUGCAUCUUAUUUUCCUAAUUUUGUCCUUCAUUUCGCCCCUGCUACCUCUUUUUGAUUCAUUUGUAAUUUGGAUUCUGUCCUUGUCGUAUUGCGGUUACUGUUAUUUUCUCCUUUUAUCCACUCCACCUUGCCCCUCCUUUUUCUGUCUAUCUCAUCGCCCAAUUUAUUCAUCUCAUCUGUUUCUUUUGUGUCCCCUCUUUCUGUUUCCCCUCUUAACCUACAAGUAGUACUCGUCCAUCCUUUUCCUUCCCUCCUUUUCUCCUCUCCCUCCCCUACCCUCCCCUUCACUCGGCCCCAUCACUGACCCAAUUAAACAUGGGGAGGGACAUGACAGGAGGAGAGUGACGGAGGUAAGGCGAGAAAGAGAGGGAGGACAGGCAGAGAGUACGGAGAGUUUGAGAGUCAGUAGCUGGAAAAGCAGAGAGAGUCCGAAAACAAUUGGCAUCAACCUGCCAGGACACACACAGUGAAUCGUCCGAACUUCACCUGGAACUUAAACAACCUUUGACAGCUUCGGAGGCAGCGGGGGUGGAGCAGCAAGCCGACAAUCCUGCUGCCACGCACUUACAGUUCUCGAUGAAGAAACGAGGAGAAUAACAAUCUACCUUCAGUGAAGAAAGCGGGCGGGGAGCCGUGCAGAGUUAGGAUGGAGGAAUACCGGCAUAUAGAGGGAGACUGAGUGGAGAGAUUGAAGAGAAACAGACGUUGCAUUCCUGGUUGGAGCUGAGAGGGGGAAAGUGGUUGCCCCUGGGCAAGAGAAAGAUUUUUGUUGACAGAAACAGAGAAAGAGAGAGGCAGGGGGAAAGGAUGCAUCUGUUCUUCCAAGACAAGUGGGAGGUGGAGGGGCUGCAGACUGUGGGCAUCCUCCUGGUGGUCUGUAGCUCCCUCAAACUGAUGCACUUUCUGGGGCUUAUCGACCUUUCCACGGCAGGUAAGAGAAAUGACAGCGUGGAAGAUGACUUUGAGUUAUCCACUGUGUGUCAUCGCCCUGAGAGCAUGGACAAGCUGCAGGAGCAGACUAAGUUCACCAAGAAGGAGCUCCAAGUCCUCUACAGGGGCUUCAAAAAUGAGUGUCCGAGUGGUGUGGUGAAUGAGGAGAACUUUAAGACCAUUUACUCCCAGUUCUUUCCGCAGGGAGAUUCAAGUAUGUAUGCACAUUUCCUGUUUGAAGCCUUCGACACUAACAAGAACGGCUCAGUUAGUUUCGAGGACUUUGUAUUUGGCCUGUCUAUCAUCCUGAGAGGGACCAUUAAUGACCGGUUAAACUGGGCCUUCAACCUUUAUGACCUGAACAAAGAUGGCUGCAUCACCAAAGAGGAGAUGUUGGACAUCAUGAGGUCCAUCUAUGACAUGAUGGGGAAGUACACAUACCCCACUAUGCAGGACGAUGCUCCAAGAGAACAUGUGGAGAGCUUCUUCCAGAAAAUGGACCGGAAUAAAGACGGCGUGGUCACCAUAGAAGAGUUCAUUGAGUCAUGCAAAAAGGUGUGGCGAAAAAGGGGAUUAUCAAGGCCUAAAGAAGCAGUUCGAAAUUUAAAUAUGCUUAUUUGCAUUCUUGCCCAGACUCAGAUGAGAAGAUUGAUACCACUUUCCUGUGCAUUAAGUAUGCAGCUAGAGCCAGGAGCCGGUAAGCUUAGCUUAGCAUGAGGACCUCCUGAGAGGAGAGGUACACUGUCAAUCUUCUCAUCCAACUCAGCCACAAAGCAAAACACUGUAAAAUGUCAAACUAUACUUUUAAUCCUCACUUUCCCCAGUGUGAAUAAUUUGGGUAACACAGAAGGAGAAACGCCUCCUAAACCAAACCCUUUGUCUCUGUCUAGGAUGAGAACAUCAUGCAGUCCAUGCAGCUGUUUGACAACGUCAUCUAAGAAUCUGGACCAGAGAGUAUGCUGGCACCAGGGAGGGGAGUGUGUGUGUAAGAUGAACCGGGAUUGAAAAGAGAGAAAGAGUAUGUGAUUGUGUGUGUGUGUGUGGCCGUCUUCUGACUUGCAAGCUUGUGCUUGUGUGUCUGUUGAAAGCUGUGAGUCCUGAGGGCACCGAGAGGCCCUCUCCCUCUUCCUGGACCCCCAGUGACAUUUCUCCAAGCGACAAUGGAGUUUCCCCCAACUCCCUUCCUCAUCAUGCAGAACCUUAGUUUUACCCCAGAGGCACAGAGAAAGAAGGCAAGCAGCGGGCUCACAGGCACCGGCACACGCAAGACCCCCCACCUGUUUUAUUUAUUACUAUUACUGAUGGAGGAACUAUCGCAGCCUGUAAUGGCUGAACUCAGAGGGAGGAAGUUUCCCUGAAACCUCGAUCUAAGAUCACUUUUACCCCUUUCUCCUGUGAUGGCUGAGAUUUGGAUUUGUGAUUCUGAUCCUGCCUCUGUGCAUGUGGGUAAUACCUCCCCUGGAGCCUAGACUGCUCGCGCACCGGCCAUAAAAAUAGAAAUGAAUCUACCACCAUCUUGUGGACGAGAGAGAGAAAGACACUCCCGGAGGAAACAACUGACGAAUCGGAGAUCCAAGCGAACCCGCUUUUCAGAUGGAGGUUCAUACGUGUUGUUUUCCAUGAGAAACUGAUUACAAUAUCGCAUGAUGUCACUAAUAUCCAAUUAUGUAUUUACAGAUACUCCAAAGUCUGCUUGUCUGUCUGCUGUUCCUAGUCAUUCACAGGUGCCUCACCCUUUGUGUAUGUGUGUGCGCAUGUGUAUCAGAGAGAGAUGUCAUCCAUCUUACCUGUGUAAGACUCUAAUGGGACAACACCCACCUCCAUUCAUGGGAUUUUGGUAGAAUAAUUCAGAGCCUUCCAAACUAUUACAGUCUUAGCUGUAGGUGUCUAUUGACUGUUGUACAUUUUCUAGCACUCCCAAUGGUGUGAUAUUAGGCAGUACAUCAUGGGGACUGCGCUGUACUUGACAAGUUGUUUUGACCAUCCCAACUUCUCUCAACACAGGACUCGCAUACCAACGUUGUACUAGUCUACCAAUACACAUCCAAAGGGGAAUUUAUUAGAUUGCAGAUUGUACUUGUGAACUUCUUGUAAUCGGAAAUGUCAUGUGGUUGUAGCAGGUUCUACCACACAAAUUUCAAAACUCUUGUUGCAUUGAAUUAGGCUCAUCCAAUUUCAAAGAGGCAUAGUAUGUGUGUGUGUACUGUUAGUGAGAGCGACAUGGUUUAUUAGUUGUUUCUUUUUAUGUGCCCCCUUAUUCUGUAUUCUCCCUCUUUCUGUAACACCAAAGAGAAGAUAUAUAUUAAAGAGGUACAUAAAGCCACUCUAGGUUAAGACAUGAAGCCCACCUGUGGGUGAAGAGAGAGGGAGAUGCUGUCUAGUAAGCGGGGCAAGGGGCAAUCAGAGAUGAAGGGAUGUAAUUUGGUGGAUUGGUAAUGUAGUUAAUCUGCACAUUGUCCAAACUGAAGUGUUCAGAUUGUAAACCCACAUUAUUUGAAAGACAUUCAAAUUAUUUGCAGCCACUUGUUAAUUAGCUUCUUUUCAAACUGGACUCUCAAAUCCAAGAUGGCGUAAGAAACAGAGACACUCGAGCCGUAAUUACAUAGAAUAUAGUGUCUUUAAAAUGCAGAGAGACUGCAUGGAAUAGCAAUAAUGUUCUCCACCACGUAUCAGCGCAUUCCCACUCAUCCAACCUCUCAGAGCACAGUACAAGGGUGCACUAUGGCCCUGAUGAAUAUAUGCACUUCCAACCCUGCAGUUAUUUUCUAUUGCUGCUUUUUUUUUUAUUUGUGGGGGGUAAGUGGUUUGGCUCUGAUUGUUCCUUGCCAAUAGUUUUUAACUUCCAUUCCUGACCACAAGUAAAACCUGUCAAUACCCGCAUGUACUGUGUCUAGAACAAUGAAAACCUACUAACCUGUUGUACUGACUGUCUAGUUAGCUAGCCUCAACUGGUUGCAUUACAUAUUCAAAAUGUGUAUAUUUUGUACAGAGACAAAUAAAAAUCACAGUUACUAUGCAAAA